AUGACGGCCACCAACCACCAGAACAAGCUAAAGCUCAUCGAUCGGGCUCGAGAGUUCCUUGCCGAAGUUGAGGACUUGACCCCUGGAAAAAACCUUGAAGCACUACUGAAUCGUGAAUAUGGUCCCGGCAACGCCUACUACGAAGACUUUUGCACCCUUAUACGAGAAGGCCUGUCGCGCGACGAAGGCUGGGUUGCCACGGACGAGAUUGACGGUCAAAAAUACCGCCGCUCGAGAAUAUUGGCACCGUCCGAAGCGACUCGCUAUUUCAGCAUCACCGCCGUUUACAUGGAUAGCCAAGAAGAAUAUCGCGGGCAGUACCACCUCCAUCCCUACGGUGAAAUCAAUUGCGUGAUACAAAUCGAUCAAUCGGCUGAGUUGAUGGGUAUGUCGGGAUGGCAAGGAGCUGGGUGGACAUCCCCCGGUCCUGGAACUCAUCAUUAUCCCCAGGUUCGUGGAGGUGCCUUGGUGGCUUUGUUCUUCCUUCCUGCUGGGCGGAUCUCAUAUCACAGGGCAAAGCCGGGAGAUGCACAGCCCAUUUCUAUCUAG